GUAUUAUUAAAAACUGAGAACGGCGCAGCGCUGGUUUCCUUCGAUAAGUUUCCUUUAGUUUCCUUGGCUUGCGGGCGGUGCAGUAUUUAGUGAUAAGCGAUUUGUCAUGCGUCACGUAAAACUAUGUAUAUUUUAAGGGAAGGAUCUGUGUUUACUAAUAUUAAAAGUUAAAAUCUACCUGAAAAAAAUAAUUUUUUGUGAUUUACUCUUCUGCCAUCAACAAAACAAAGGGGAUAAUGGCUCUGUGGGCGAAGGCACAACAGCUGCCUCCAGAUAGCAUUCAACUUCAACAAAUUCGAGGACUCUAUGGAGAUCAUUUUCCGAUUGAAGUCAGGCAUUAUUUGGCUCAUUACAUUGAGGAGAAAUUCCUGAGUACAGACAUAGAAAAUAUUAUGACUGAUAACACCCUAUUUGAACAAUAUGCUACAAACCUUGUAGAUCAGUUCAUUCAGGAAAUUGAAACAAAAGCUGAGGAGAUAAGAGAAUCAUCUGAAUAUUUCUUAACAAAACUGAAACUGGCCGAGGCUGCUAAAGUAUUCAAAAUGGGAUACAGCCAAAAUCCAAUUCAGCUCGUUCACUUGGUACGUCAGCGUUUAGCUACGGAAAUGAAAUUUUUGCAGCAAGCAGGUGCCGAUUUCAUGGGCAUGGGUACCGGUUUACUGUCAAACAACGCCGCCGAGGUAUUGCACAAAUUAGACGAUUUACGGCGUAGGACGCAGUCCACUUCCGAAGAUACAAGGCGGCUCGAGCAAGAACAAGAAGCAUUUGCUUUACAGUAUCAUGAAUGUACCAAAAUAAGCGCUCAUAUUCAAACUUUAACAACUCAAGCUGGACAACAAGCUGAACACCAAAAAAUACAGUAUAUAACCAGAAAACAGCAGCUCGAGCAAGACUUAAAUACAAGAGUUUCGUUACUGGUGGAAUUAAGACUAAAAAUCGCGGAAAAACUGAGGCAAACAUAUCAGCUUUUACAGCAACUACAGACCCAAAUAAUAGAUGAGGAAUUAAUCAGGUGGAAACGCGAUCAGCAGCUCUCUGGCAAUGGUGUACCGUUCACUAGUAACCUGGAUCAAAUACAAGAUUGGUGCGAGAGCCUCGCAGAAAUAAUUUGGCUAAACAGACAGCAAUUGAAAGAAGUAGAAAGGUUGAAAGGAAAGUUGGCUUUACAACCCCUGCAAGUUUCGGAUAUGUUGCCAAAAAUAUUGGAUGAUAUCACUCAGCUUUUGUCUUCAUUGGUUACUUCUACGUUUAUCAUAGAAAAACAGCCUCCUCAAGUCAUGAAAACUAAUACCAGAUUUCUAUCAACUGUUCGCCUACUGGUAGGUGGGAAACUUAAUGUUAAUAUGACUCCUCCCCAAGUCAAAGUGAGCAUAAUUUCUGAGACUCAGGCAAAUCUCCUCCUGAAAAACGACAAGUUAGGAAAAAACAACGAUUCGUCUGGGGAAAUUCUCAACAGUACCGGUACCAUGGAGUACCAACAAACGACGAGGCAGCUAUCGGUCAGCUUCAGAAACAUGCAGCUGAAAAAGAUUAAAAGGGCGGAGAAAAAAGGGACGGAAAGCGUGAUGGACGAGAAAUUUUCGCUUUUGUUCCAGUCGCAAUUCAGCGUGGGCGGUGGGGAACUUAUGUUUCACGUGUGGACCUUAAGUUUACCGGUUGUUGUGAUAGUUCAUGGAAACCAAGAGCCGCACGCCUGGGCCACUGUUACGUGGGACAAUGCAUUUAGUGAGCCAGGAAGGUGUCCCUUCCAAGUUCCAGACAAGGUACCAUGGGUAAAAAUUAAAGAAACUCUCUCGAUGAAAUUUAAAAACGCGACUGGUCGCGGAUUAAACGAAGAUCACCUGCGGUUCCUCGCUGACAAGGUGUUCCGUGGCAAUUACAAUGAGCAGAGUCACCAGAUGUUGUCCUGGGCGCAGUUUUGCAAGGAACCUUUGCCCGACCGGAAUUUCACUUUUUGGGAGUGGUUCUUCGCGAUUAUGAAACUAACGAAGGAACAUCUGAGGAAUCCUUGGGUAGAUGGUGCAAUUAUGGGUUUUGUAAAGAAGAAGACAGCAGAAGAGCUACUGUUAAAUUGUCAUGCUGGUACCUUCUUGCUACGAUUUUCUGAUAGUGAGCUUGGCGGUAUUACUAUUGCUUGGACGCAAGAUUCACAAGAGGUUUUAAGUAUACAACCAUUUACUGCGAAAGAUUUGCCGGUUAGAUCUCUCGCUGACAGGAUUGCUGACAUAUCACAUUUGGUCAAACUUUACCCCAACAUCCCGAAAGCUGAUGUUUUUGCAAAAUAUUAUACACAAUAUCAAGAAACAUCUACAGGACCCGGUGGAUACGUAAAACCAGUACUAGUGACACAGGUAUUAGGGGUGGGACAUAACAGCUUUAACACCCCACAUCAUAACUCGUUCAUGAGUCCUGAUCCGACAAGGGAUACCCCUUCAGUCGCUAGCAGCUACAACGGGUCAAUCGCGACGACCGUGGGGGGCACUGCGCCCCUUGUGAUGGAUUACCUGGACACCUUAGACGACUCGAGCUACGCAAUUGAAGAAAAUUACCUACAAGAAAUCAUGGCACCGUACAGUAAUAAGUGAACUUUUGUUAAUAUCUAAGGGGAAUUUGUCGUUGUUGAGCUGUGUCGGAUAUCAUUUUAAAGUAAACUGGUUAUUUUGACAUACUUUGACACGAGUAUGUCGUCUGAGUAAAUUAUUUAAAUAUGGUUUGAUGUAAAUUUGAAAAGUAGGGCCAAUAUGAAAACGGCUUAUUUGCAAACGUUUUAGAUUAAAACUUGCUCAAUACUCUAUUAAUUCAUCAUACUUGCAGGUAGGGUAUAUUUCUGUGUAACAAAGUGGAAGCUUUGGGCAUUUAAAUGUCCAGCAACUUAGAGGUUCAAAUGCUUUAAAAUUUUUAUCUAAUGCUAUAUAAUUAUCGCGAGAACUUAAUUCAUUUGCAAACGCAUUAUAUCUAGGUUUUAAAACGUUUUUUGAUAUUUUUUUUAUAAUGUAAAGGUAUUUUGUGGGGUUUCUGUCAUAGUAUUUAUGAACGUUAUCCCGUUUAUAUAAUAAUAACAAGAUGGAAUUAUGUUGGUUUUUAGUUUAUUUAAGCGGUAACGAUUUCUUAGGCGAUAAUUUCUGCUUGCACUUAAAUGGUGGUUUGAUUCAGGUCAAAAAUAAAACACUCUUAGGUAAUAAUAAUAAUAACGUUUAUUAAAAAACAAUAUAUACAAUACAUAGUAACCAAUGCAAUAAAUAAAAAUAAUCAUUUAGAAAUAUCACUGAAGUACACUAAGCACUUAUGCGUGAUUUGUGCUUAUGUAAUCGGGUAAAUGUCAAAUUUAGUUAAUUAUGUCCUUAUUGAGUAAACGGACUAUAGCGGAUCUAGAAACAUUUGUACAACAAAACAAAAUUAAAAAUUACAAAAAAAUACUUAUUACCUUUCAAUACUGUUUUUUUUUUGUACAAUUCUAUUCCAGUUUGUUUUUUUUUAUAAAUUUCUAACAUGAAAAAUUUGAAGUGCUGGGAUAGAUAGAUUUGAAGUCCUUCAAGAUCUCGAAACGUCGAUUUAUAUACAGUGGCGGCCAACUAAUUAGAAACAGUGUGAAUAAAUUAAUAAAAAUCAUAAAUCUUUUUGUAAAUAAAAUUGUUUAUGCUUAAAUUUUUCGCUUAUUGUCGUAACUAACAUUUACCUUUAAUAUUACCAUAAAUUUAGUGGAUUUGUCUUGACAUAUAUACUUUUAAAAAAAAGUUAAUUUUUUAUACAAAUAUUGAAUUGGACAACUAAUUAGAAACCAAAGAAUUAUCAAUUCAAAAAAACAAAAUAAGAACUCUAAACCCUAAAUAAAUCAAUAUUUUGUAGCAAAUCCCUUAUUUUCAAUGACAGCUCUACAUCUCCUGGGCAUUGACUCCACCAGAUGUUGACAUCUCGCUAGUGGUAUCGAUUUCCACGCCUGCUCUGCUUCUUCCGCCAGAUCUUUAAGGUUUUUAAUAUUUUUAUGUUCUAAAAGUUUUUUCAGGUCUCUCCAAAGAUUCUCAAUGGGAUUGAGAUCCGGAUUACAUGAGGGCUAAUCAAGUACAUCAACAUGGUUAUCGUCAAACCAUUUUUUACAGACUUAGCCGUGUGCUUGGGAUCAUUGUCUUGUUGCAAAAACCAAGACACCGGCAAAGUUUUAUCAGCAAACGACAACAUGUGGUUAUCCAUAAUAUCUUUAUAUUUUUCUUGGUCAAGAAUACUGUCAAUUUUCACUAAUGGACCAACACCACGCCACGAAAAACAUACUCAUAAUUUUAUAUUUCCACCUCUAUGUUUGACUGUGCUGGUUGUAUACUUCGGAUUAUUUUCUGCACCCCUUGGUCUUCUCACAAAUAUUCUACCAUCACUACCAAUGCGAUUUAUUUUUGUCUGAUCAGACCAUAAUACUUUUUUCCACUCUUUUGAGGUCCAAUUAAUAUGGUCCUUAGCGAAUUUUAAUCUAGCCUGGCAAUUUUUCUUCUUUAGCAGUGGUUUCUUGCGGGAUACUCGUCCAAAUAGGUCGGCCUCAUUAAGUCGUCGUCUUAUAGUUCGUGAUGAUAUCGCGAUAGCUGGAGAAAGUUCUUCUUUAAUCUGGUUGGAGGUUAAAAAUGGAUUCAUUUUAGCCAUUCGAACAAUAGUUUCAUGAGUUCGUUGGCUGGUUUUUUUAGAUCUUUUCUUGCGUGGAAUAUUUUCGUACGUUUUAUGUUCUUUUAUGUGUUUGAGUGCAUAGAAAACCAUUUUUUUUUAACAUUUUAGGUGGUCAGCUAUUUUACUAUAAGUCCAACAUCUUGCCCUUAGCGUAAAAAUUAUUUUACGCAUUGACGGACCACAAUUUUUUUUUCUACCCAUUUUAAACUGUGGAAGACACAAAGAGAAGGCUUGUAGAUACAAAAAACACAAAUUGUUACCAGUACAAAGGUUUGAAAUGAACUAUACGCGCGUUUAUUUUCGUCGUUUCUAAGUAGAUGGCCAACUGUGUUAUCUAUAAAUUUUGUUUAUAUUCUGCAUUCCUUACAAAUUUCUUAGUGGAAUGUCUAUAAAUAAAUUAUAUAUUGCUGUUGUGGUGAACAAUCAAAAUUUUAGAACAAGUUGGUUUUAAUUUAUUUUAAAAGAACUGAAACAUUGAAUAAAGUAUUUUUUUUAAAUCGUUUCUAAUUAGUUGGCCACCACUGUAAAUGUAUGUCUAAGAAUCUUAUUUUUUGGCUUGAAUUCAACAACCAAAGUAAGUGCAAUAAUGCAAUAUUAAUAGUAAGUGCCAAUAUCUAUUAAGUUACCAAAUGCUUUUUAGAUUUUUAAUAAUUUAUCCUUUUUGUCAACUAUUUUAGAUUGUUUGUUUCCAAAGCUAUUAAUACAAAGAUACUGAUUUUUGUGUAAAUUAUCAGUUCGUGGGUAAACUCUACCUGAUAGAUUUGCAUUAAAUUAAAAAGGCUUUAAAAGCUUUAGAAGACUACUGCCCAUAUGUAAAGGCAGCUUUUCAAAAAUCUAAUUUUUUCUCUUUUUUUAAUUCCUUCUCAAAAAUAAGUUGCAGAUUUAAUAUGUAAUAACACGACUGCUUUAUUGAGAACUCAAUUUGAAUUUUCUAAUAUCCUAAAUACCGGGUGGUGCGUCGCCAAGCGGAACAUAGGAAAUCCCAUGUAAAUUUUAAGGGAGUCAAUUAUUGGCUUCCCUGUACAUUUUACAGAAAAAAUGUAAGAUAACUUUUUGUAGAGACCAAUCUGGGAAGAGUUGGAAAGGCUUUCUUUUAUUUCCAUUUUUCGGCGUCUUCUGCUUUAGUGUCUUCUUGUCAUUUCUCUUUUUUGUUUUAAUUGUGUUUUCUUUUACUUCCUUUUUCUUGAUACUUUCUUCAAGCGCAGUUUUGUAUGGCGUGCUGGUCAAGACUGCACUUCCACAAGACUUUCUCUUUCUUGUGUUUUUCUUGCCUUGAAUUUUUGGAAAGGUUGACAUUCUUGUGGUGUCACUGAAAAAGAUGAAUUUAUUUGUUCAUCUCGUUUUGAGCUGGGCCCAGGCUCAGGAUUCAAGUACGGAUCGUUUGAAUCACUAGCAUCAUUAUCAGAAGCUAUAUUGGAUAUAAUAUCUGUCAAUGGGUUAUAUAGAUUGGAACCUUGUGCCACAUCUUCUACAGUUUCAUCAGUCUCACUAGGUAUUUGAUCGGUUACUUCAGCGGCCAAAAGUCAACAUCUGAAAAAACCUCUGAGUCAAAUGGAAAUAUGCCAGUUUUACGGAACCCGUUUAUCCCAUGUGAUAGUAUGCAAGCCUUUAAGUAGCCUUCGCAAAAUAUUUUACUUAUUUGAAACACCAUCACGGUUCUACCAGGAUGAUGGUUUAAUCAUUUUUCCAAUGCUUGGUCUAAAUAGACACUAAGGGGACCCAUAACAGCAACAUCCAACGGCUGCAGCUUGUGAGUACAGUGUGGAGGUAAACACAAGAUAGAUACAAAGUUUUCUCUGGCACUUAAAAUAACAUCGAGAUUUCUUGUGUGCGAUAAAUGUCCAUCUAAUAUAAGAAACACUGGCGCAUACUUACUCGGCUUGACGAAAGAUACGAAGUGAGUAAACCACUGCUUAAAAACUUCGGUACGCAUCCAACCACUUUCAUUACACGCAAAAAUGGUACCCGGAGGAGCUCCAUCUGUUAGUUCGGCCUUCAUUCGCUUUCUACUAAAAAUAAGCAUCGGUGGGACAAAACUUCCAGCAGCUGAUACACAAACCACCGCUGUUGUCGAAACCCCACGCUCCGCUGAUGUUACCCUUGCCACUUGUUUGGAACCUUUUCGUGCCAAUAUUCUUCAGUUUCGCCCAGGAACAGUAGAAAUCGAAGUCUCGUCUACGUUAAAAAUUCGGUGAGACGCCUUAUUAUUUUUAGAGUAAAUCUCUUUCAACAAAUUGAAGAACUUUGUCACAACUGGUUUAUUAAAGGCCUCGAGGAAAUCUCUGAAUGUCUUCUUCUAAAACCGCUUAACCAAUCUUUACCAGCAGCUUUUUCUACAUGAGAAAACUUGUGGGGAAUUUUGUUCUUUUCAGCAAGUUGAUAAGCUAGUUGUCGCAAAUCACGAGUUGUGAGUCCAUACAUCCUGCUUUCAAAAUCUAGGAUAUGAGUUACUAACUCUUGCUCUUGUUCCGGCGAAAAUACAGGGUGGCAGCUCCCAAGUGACUUUGUCUCUAGCUUUGCUACCUUAUUUUUGUCCAUUACACGCCGUUUAAGCGACAUUCUUGGUACGUUAAAGAUUCGAGUAGCAUCCUGUAACAAUACGACGUAAAAUGAGAUUGUAAAUAAAAAUUAGGAUUUACAACAAUUUGGUAAGAACUAGGGGGUAAAAUGAUCCCCUUUUUAAAACGGGAUCGUUUUGCCCCAUGCUUAGAGGAUCGUUUUACCCCAAAGUGACAUGCAGUACCAUUUGUUAAAUGAAAAUUAAUUGACAUAUACGAAUUGAAAACAAAAACCACAAAUCAACUCAGCAUCCCUUCCUCAACAAAACAACGUAAGAAGAUGGAUCAGUCACAUUGUUAAAAAAAUAAAUUAAACAAAACAUACCAUAUAUAACAUAACUUACCUGAUAUUAUAAACGUAAAAAACACAAGUUCACGUAGCAAUUGUUGGAUUCGAACUGAAUCGCAAUUCCGAUUGUGGUCUAUUUAUAACCUCUUCGCCUAGAAUAUUGUUGCCAAUAUUACGCUUAUUUUGCAUAAAAUGGGAACUUUUAAAUUGAUGGAUCAUUUCAACCCGCAGGGAUCAUUUUACCCCCCUCAGUACUUUUUUCUAAAGUAGGGCAUAAUAUAAAUAGUUUGCUUGUAAGAGUGGCCAACACAGAAGAAUUAAACUCAAAAAAAUCAUCGAAAGUAAUUUUUUUAAAUAUAUAAACACGAUUUUAAUAACAUAUAUUUAAUUUUAAUUGAAAUUCUUGAUAUAUACAUACAUACAGUGUGCAAAAAGGUAGCAACAUCAUAAUUUUCUGUUAAAUAACCAUCAACAUUUGAUUUAUGACUAAGAUUUGUAUGUGAUUUUUUUUAUGCCCAACUGUGAUUAUUUAAUAUUAAUUUUUUUGGACCCAGUAAAUAAAAUACAGAAUUAUUUUAUAUAAAUUUAUCAAACAGUGCAUCAGUAUUAGAGUACGUUUGAUCUCUAAUUUUGGUUUCAAUGUAAUGCCACAAGUUCUCUAUUGGAUUUAAAUCUGGAGACUGUGAUGGCCAAAUCAUUACAUUGAUUUAAUCAUCAGAUAACCAACUUUUAACGUACUGAGAAGCAUGCUUCGGAUCAUUAUCAUGUUGAAAUAUAGCUCUUAAUGGCAUUGUUUCAUCCAGAUACGACAGUAAAUUAGCUUGCAAAAUAUCUUUGUGCAUGAAACGAUCCACUUUCAGAACUGUAACAAAAUAUCCAUAUAUUCUUCUAUAGAGAAAAUAUUAUUUUGAAAACAUUAGUUGUUGCUAUAUUUAUGCAAAAUAAAAACGCAAAUAAUAACUUAGGCACUAAAUAGACGACAGCAAAGGUACGCUAAAAAGCUGCUUUUUGAAAAAACUUUUUAGUGCUUAAAUACCAACUUUUUAGUUUUUAUAAAAUAACCCUAUUUACUGGUUAAAAAGUUAACAUUUUCGGACUUAAAGUAGUUCUUAGCGGUUAAAAAGUUGAUUUUUAGAAAUAUAUAAGAUAAUAAAAUUUAUUUUAAAAUAAAACUGUUGUUACGUUAAAUUAGUUUCAUGAAUUUAAUCUCGGAAAUGGUACGCAUAAUAUUUUUUUUGCACCUCUGUGUUUUUUGAAUUAUUCAAUUCAGAAUAGUUAGACUAUACCUUAUUUAAUAUAAAUAAUGCAAAUUUUGUCCCAAAAGUACCUAGAAGAUAAGAAAUUAAGCAAAGAUCUAGUAAAAAUAUUACUUCAAUGUAAGAGUUCUGCACAGAAUCAAUUAUCACGUUUUUAGUAUUUAGAAGUAAUCAUUCCUAGAUGAAUUCACAAUAUACAGUAUCGGACAAAAUUAAAGCAACUUUUGAUUAUUUUAUUUAGAAAAGGCAAACUUUAAUGAAUUAAAGCCCCAACUAUUUACGGAGAGAACACCUUUGAAAAGAAAUACAAACACAAUAUUUAAAGUUUAUUAAUUAUAGUCUUUGUAAAUAUAUGAACUCAUUUAAAAAAAACUUGGAGCAGUUUUUAUAUAUUUACAAAAUUAAGGUACAAAUUCUUAAUAUAAAAAACUAUAAAAUAUAAAUUAUACAUUGUUUUCAAUGAUGGCUGCACAACGUCUGGACAUGGUAUUAAUUAAAUUAUUGACAACAUUAUCAUCAAUCGCCUUCCAUGCUUUUUCGAAUUUGGUUGUCUACGAUUUCCCACAAAUUUUCUAUCGGAUUUAGAUCCGGUGACUGAGGUGGCCACUUCAAAACUGUAAUGUUGUUUUCCGUAAACCAUUGCUUUACAAUUUUGGCGGUAUGUUUAGGAUCUUUGUCACGUUGGAACACGAAUUUUAACGGCAUUUCUCAUUCUGUAUAGGGCAGCAUAACAUUUUCGAGGAUGUUUCUAUAUUCGAAUCGGUCCAUUUUCCCGCAAAUGGUCCCAUACCAUAUGCAGAAAAGCAACCCCACACCAUUAUAUGACGUCCUGCACGCUUUACUAUCGGGUUAACAUAUUUAGGAUGUAGUCUUUUGCUGCUUUCUGGUCGAGGUAUCCACCUCACAUCAUCUCUACACGCUUAAUAGUCUUAAUAUUAUGUUUUUGGAAAAGUUGCUUCAAUUUUGUCCGAAAAAAUUAUCAGCAUAUUUUGGAAGAUUGAAAGUAUUUAUGAAGAAAAACGAUUUGAUAGUUAAACUAAAAAUAAACACAUUUGUCUGAACUUAACCGUUGCAAAAAUGAAAUAUAUUUUAAUAAGGAAUUUAAAAUAUGGGUCAACUAACAGGUUUUUAAAAGUUACUUCAAUUUUGCCCGAUGCUGUAGUUUUUUUGACACCAAAUUUUUAUUUUUACCUCUUUCACUGUUUUUUACCGGGUUAUACAUUUAACCGACUGCAUUAACCAUUUUUCAUUUGGUCUUGAAAGACUUUUCGUAAAUUUUUUUAGAUCAGUUUUUUACAGAACUCUACUUCGUAGCCCCAUUACUUAAAUAACAAAGAUUUUCAUUAAAAAAAUAUAUAAUUAAGGUGUAUCUAUUUUUUCCCUACUUUUUGGAAUAUGUCAAUUAGAACAUUAUAGCUAAAACAUAUUUAUAAUUUUUGCCAGUUGUAAUUUUCAACAAUCAAUCGAUUGAGUUCCUGGAGCACAAUUGUUCCAAAUUAUUUUCUUUUUUAGCAUUUUUCAUGAACUACGAUAGAAAUAAGUACAUAUCAACAAAUUAGAUUACUUGUGCAAUACUUCUAAAAAGCAAUUUAUUGUUGUUACAAUUAUUAAAUAAAUAUUACUUACUAUCCCCUACUUACAAUCCCCCUUAGAUAUUAGCUCUUCCUAACCAAACUUAAUAUAAUAUAAAUGUACACCUGAGGUAGUAAAAAGAGUCUUAACUUAAAUGCGUUUAAGUUUUAUUAAGUUAAGACUGAGGAGAGAUGAAAACAUAUAUUUUUUAACUUUUUUAUAGAGAGUAACGUCAGUUGACUAAUUAUAAAGAGUUUAGCAUAGUAAAGUUAAUUUGGAAGAGUAGUGACAGCUGUUUCACUAGCUGGGAAGACAAUUUUUGUGAGACCUAAAUAAAAUAUUUUCUUGUAAGUCGAUUGAUUUGACGUACCAUUAAAAAAAAUUGCUGUUUUAAAAUGUCUAAAUUGUGAUCUUGAAACCGUUGAUCAUAGAUGCGAUUAUAUUAUAUUUUUGUCAAUUAUACAUAAAUAUUGUAUUACAGUUUGAUGUAAACGUGUUUGGAGAUACUGAUUCAACAUGAUUUUGGUGAAUUUAUUGACAAUAUUAUUCGGGUGCAUAGUCCGUAAGAAUUUAUUUUGAGAUUGACGUGUUUAGUUGAAUCAGUAUUUAUAUAACAAAAACCAGCGUCCUUUAGAAGUACAGAACAGCUCUUUUGUGGCCAUAUUAUAUUUUAAAUUCUUGUUACGCUAGCCGUUAUCAUGUUUUAACUUUUAGCUUCAUAGUUGCGUCCAAGCAUAUAUUUUUGCUGUUUUUACUAACACAUUUGGGGUACACAUCCCGUUUUAUAUUGAUUUUUAAGUACAAAAAUACAUCUUUAUUUUUUAUCUUUCUUUGUCAAGUUUUAGCUUAAGACUUAGUGCAAUGGACCUGUUGUAAAUACAUUUUUAUCAUUAAAUGGUGCUUAUUCCAUAUUAAUAUUUUAUUAUAAUAUUUUUAAUAUUUACAAUAUUUUUGUGAUGUUUAUAACUGCUGUGCGAGGUGGGUAUUAAGAAUCGUUGUGCUGGUAUAACAUUUAAGGUUAAAACUGACCAUUAGUUUAGAAAUACCGGUCUUGUUAGACAAUCGAUGUUAUUGCCUUUAGUUGCGUCCAUUUUAUGGUUAGAGUUAAUUGCACCCUCCAUUUCUGCAUGGUAAAAAAUAAAGUUUAAUGCCACAGUUA